AGAUGAAACAUAAAGUAGCGUCGUGAAAUGUAAGUGGUACUACUACAUUCAGAUUCACAUGUGGGACUAAACUGCCUGUCCUGCACCCUUCUCCGGGGCGAAGGCCCGAGGAGCCGAAAGAAUUGAGCUGCUUGAUAUCAAACUAAUUAUCCUUGGCGAAAUGCCUUACUUUGCGUCCGCUAUCGGGAAGGUAUUUGUUGGCCUGAGUUUAUCCUUUCCGAACACGUUCCCCGCCGACAUUUGAUGUCGUUGUCCUCCGCCGAAUGACGUCCCACAAUCAAUUGAUUUCUUGGCAUUGGUACAAAUUCUGGGCAAAAGGCACCUGCUUAGUUUGGCUGGGUGUGUUUGUCAUGAGCAUGAUCUUCUAAACCCCAUGGCCAUAGGAAACAGGCCUUUCAAUAUGCGACGAAGCGACCGAAUCUUGGUUACAUUGCGGACACAGAUAGAUGUUUCCUGCGCCGGGAACAAGUUGUAUAGCGCCGGAGCUUCAAUGCAUGCAGUCACACUUAUUGUUUGGCGCUUUUCUACUUCUACUUAUGGGCAAUCCGCAGAGCUUUGUAUUUUGAUUUUCUUUGUCUUCCUCUUCGCGUCAAAAAGACAGCAUCCUUGAUGCGUUGAUGUCGUUGUGUCGUGGACGUUUUCACUAAGGAAGGAUAUAUUUAUCACGCUCCGCGCACUUUUGCGAUUAAUGAUGUGGCUGGCGGGAAACGCAUCAAGUCCGAACAGCGCCGGGAGGAGGUUUCUGUGCGGUUCGACGCUACCAUGUCGCGUGUGGAAAACGCGAACGAGCCGGAUAACCCGGGCGACUACAUGGACGAGCCUUUACGUCUUGACCUGACGCAACCACGAACGGCCGACGCGGAGACGGGGCCGUCUGGGACAGACGAGUACUCGGAUGAAAUCGAUGACGAUAAUAUUGACACGUUACGCGUUUUGCCCUUGACAGCUAAUACGGGCGACGUGGAGCAGGAGGCUGGCGCGGCUGAAUUACCCGGCCGGCACCACUCGUACCUGCAGAUGGACGAAGUUGUCACUGCAAGUAGCAAGCAGAAGCAGGGGAAACGCAGGGAGAAACCCAGAUCGGUGCUGCAGCUGUUCGAGCGUCUGCAAAAGCAGAAGCCAAACAUCGGAGGUCAAUUUGGUCAUCAGCCUCAGUCACAGUAACAUGAGAACAUUAAGGACCUUGGACGCGACCGGGCCUUGCUGGUCCAAUGGCAUGUGGCCAAGGGAGGUAGGUCUCGCCCUUGCGCAAUUUCUGGGCUUCGUGUGAUGCACUGCGGGGCGUGCACCUGAAGAAGAACCCAGAGCACCACACGGAGGACAAACCUUCCGCAUUCGCAUAUAUUGUGUGUGAUGCAAACAAAAUCUUUCAUCUCGGUGCGGGGGCCAACAAGCGCCCGAAAGUCGUUUCGAAAUCGUCGAGAGAAAACACGCACGCCCUCAAGUUCUCCCGGCACCAGCAAUACUGCUGGCAUGCCGCCGAGAGCGACGAGUGUGAUGCGGGGCCGCGUCGCAGCCGCGCCUGGUUUUCGCUGACAUGUGCCGCUGCCGAGCUGGGCGCGAAGCAUGACAAAGCAAAGCUCCUCCUUGGUUGCACUUGUCCUGAACAUCUGGACGGCCCCCCUCCUGUGUGCCGCUUCUUGGAGAAUAAGUACUUAGCGGAAGCCAACUCGCUGCGCAGGCGAGAGGGGAUCUGCAUGUCUUGCGGAGCCUGUAUCUGCAGGUGCAGGGCCAGGGGCGCAUGGGCGCCGGCUUGUACGCGCCAACUGCUAUCCCCGGUCACGUGCCGCCCGGCCAGCUGGACGUAUCUCCCCGGCCGCGUCGACUUUCCUUGCAUCACGAUGUUGACAACGAACGCGGCUGCGUUUUCGCGCAUGCAGUGCAAAAAACCCAUGGGCAUGUUCCACCUUUUGUGAAAUGUAAGAACGAUGAGGAUUGUCUCGUGUACCACACGGCGUAUCAAGAGGAACCGCGCACAUGCACAUACCCCACAAACCUUGAACGCAUCGUGUAA